AUGGAAAUCCCCGUUGAGCUCCUUCAUAAGCAACCAGAGCUGCUCGCUCAGAGGAGAGCAGCUCAGGACCAGGAGCUCAGGACCAGGACAGCAGCUCAGGACCAGGAGCUCAGGACCAGGAGAGCAGCUCAGGACCAGGAGCUCAGGACCAGGAGAGCAGCUCAGGACCAGGAGCUCAGGACCAGGAGAGCAGCUCAGGACCAGCAGCAGAGCCCAGAGGAACUGUCUCAGGACCAGGGGACCGUCUCAGGACCAGGGAACUGUCUCAGGACCAGGGGACCAGCUCAGGACCAGGGAACUGUCUCAGGACCAGGGGACCAGCUCAGGACCAGGGAACUGUCUCAGGACCAGGGGACCAGCUCAGGACCAGGGAACUGUCUCAGGACCAGGGAACUGUCUCAGGACCAGGGAACUGUCUCAGGACCAGGGGACCAGCUCAGGACCAGGGGACCAGCUCAGGACCAGGGAACUGUCUCAGGACCAGGGGACCAGCUCAGGACCAGGGAACUGUCUCAGGACCAGGGAACUGUCUCAGGACCAGGGAACUGUCUCAGGACCAGGGGACCAGCUCAGGACCAGGGAACUGUCUCAGGACCAGGGGACCAGCUCAGGAUGUCCCAGCGAGAAGGUCAAAGCUCUCUGAAAGCUUUGACACUGGAGAUGAUGAAGAAGAAGAGAGGAGUCAAGAGGGCCGACAGCAAGAAGCCUUUAAUAGAGGACAACAACGAGGAGGAGAGAGGAGACGAUCACGACCUGACUAGUCUCAGCUAUGACAACUCCAGCACUCCCCAUGAACUAGCUCAGUUUCUGUGUGCGGCCCAGGACACGUUGACCCCCGAGGAUGAAGGUCAGCGGUCUGUUGUCUGCUUCGUUCAACGCUACGUGUCCGAGCACCUCCCAAAGACUCCGCCCGACCUGGACCAGAACCUCCCGCAGCACCUGUCGGACUUGCAGGAAGCCGUGAGCUUUGAGCUGGUGAAGCUGGGUCCCUUGUUGCCCUUGUUGCAGCCGCAGAAGCCCAUCGAAUGCUUCCAUCGCCAGACCUUCCAACACCUCGAUGACCUCCUUCAGAAGGUCAGCUCCUCCCGGAACACCUUCGUGCUGAUGGAGUGGGUCCUCCGUACAUAUCUGAGUCAGGGGCUGCUGGGUCAUCCUGACCUCCAGGACCUGGACCCCAUAGCGAAAGUGGACCUCCUGCUGUUCACCGACUGGGUGUCGAGGGCAGAGGUCAAGCUGCUUCAAACGGUGCAGGCAGAAAUCAGCCGGUCCCUGAAGAAUGUUCUGCAGGAAAAUCACGAAGCUCACGAUGAAUUUUACGUGGACACAAUUCAGUGCAUUGACGCCAUGCCCAGGGAAGCACUCAAAAUCAGCCCCACGCUGUCUGAUCGGGUGCAGAAGGUCUGUUUCCAAGAGCUGCUGACCUUUCUGACAAGGUACACCGCGAAGCAGACUGACCUUUGUAAAAAAGCAAAAAUGAACAAACCAGAAACAAAAGCCUUCUUCGAGACGUUGAGCAACUGUAAGAGAUUCAAGCAGCACGUCCAGACCAAAGAUGGAGACAAAGAACUCGUCAGCCAAGCUCUGGCAACGCUUAACAAAAUGGAGGCUUUUACUUUGAAACUCCUGAUGGAACUCGUGUCUGACAGCGCAGAGAGCCACCUGCAGAGGUACUUCAAACGGGGUGACGGGGCGUUCCUCUUCUUGAUCCAGGAAGUCAGGACUCUUUUCUCCGACCUGUCGAGUUAUCAGGACGUGCAAACGGUGGUGAUGGAUGAGGCCUACCAGCGCAUCGUUCACGUCUACCUCAAGCGUCUCGUCAGCACCAGGCUGCGCGCCCUGAGGAAGCGCUGGCACACCGACGUCGGACAAACAGUCACUCAGAACGUGGAGCUGCUCCACGACACCGUCUCAGACAUGGCUCCGGGUGUCGCUCAGCGGAACCGCAUGCUGCUGAUGGUCCAAGAGCUGCUGGAAUGCCAAGACCUCGAGGCCACCAAGAUGACGGCGGGAAGGAUGCUAGACUGUGACGCGUCGAGCGAUGACCUGGAGCUCCUGCCCGCGCUGCUGGAAUGGAAAGGUCUUUCUAAAAGUAACAUCAGGACUGUGAAGUCUACCCUGGAGGGCCUCCCUGGCUUCAAACCCAGACCUCCAUCUUGCUUCUUCUGCUUCGCUUAAAAAAAGGACAGAUCUCAAAUAUGACGUAAAGAAUGAGAAUCAGUCGUGUUACAGAUGGUUUGUUAUGGAUACGACGCAAACGGAAGUCUAUCUCCAGGAAGUCACGGAUUUCCUUUCACGUGUUGUUGUCGUUUCAGGAAAGUUGAUUUUUUAAAAGUCUUGUUUCUUGCUGUAUGCAGUGUAAAUGCUAAUAUGCAAAUCAAUGAACUUUGGGUUUUAUUGGUUGUUAAAGGUGUUUACGUUCUUAAAUAUGGACUGAGGUUGAAAAAAACUUAUGUUUCAAGACAUUUGCACAUUGUUAACAGUAAAAUUGUAUUUUGUGCAAAAGACUGUACUUUAAGUUUUACAUAUUUCAGAUCUGCGCAUCUUUUGUUGCAUUAAGUUUGCACGAUUUGUCAGUCUGAAGUACACAAAAAGCUGGUGACGCCAUCUUUCUAAACACAGAAACCAGGCUGUAAACCUCUUUCUGAUGUAAAGUGGGAUGACAAAUCUAAGGUUAGCCUCUGAGCUACUAUGUUAGCCUUUGUGCUACUGAGUUAGCCUCUGAGCUACUAUAUUAGUCUUUGUCCUACAGAGUAAGCCUUUGUGUUACUGAGUUAGCUUAUGUGGUACUGAGUUAGCCUUUGUGCUAAUAUGUUAGCCUUUGUGCUACUGAGUUAGCUUUUGUGCUACUGAGUUAGUCUUUGUGGUACUGAGUUAGCCUUUGUGCUACUAUGUUAGCCUUUGUGGUGCUACAAUGUUACCCUUUGUGCUACUGAGUUAGCCUGUGUGCUACUAAGUUAGCAUUUGUGGUACUGAGUUAGCCUGUCUGCUACUGAGUUAGCCUUUGUGUUUUCCUAACAAUUCCUUGAAAGUUCCCGGGACAGAACUGUUAGCCUUUGUGUUACUGAGUUAGCUUAUGUGGUACUGAGUUAGCCUUUGUGCUAAUAUGUUAGCCUUUGUGCUACUGAGUUAGCCUGUGUGCUACUAAGUUAGCAUUUGUGGUACUGAAUUAGCCUGUCUGCUACUGAGUUAGCCUUUGUGUUUUCCUAACAAUUCCUUGAAAGUUCCCGGUACAGAACUGUUAGCCUUUGUGUUACUGAGUUAGCUUAUGUGGUACUGAGUUAGCCUUUGUGCUAAUAUGUUAGCCUUUGUGCUACUGAGUUAGCCUGUGUGCUACUGAGUUAGCUUUUGUGCUACUGAGUUAGUCUUUGUGGUACUGAGUUAGCCUUUGUGCUACUAUAUUAGCAUUUGUGGUACUGAGUUAGCCUGUCUGCUACUGAGUUAGCCUUUGUGUUUUCCUAACAAUUCCUUGAAAGUUCCCGGUACAGAACUGUUAGCCUUUGUGUUACUGAGUUAGCUUAUGUGGUACUGAGUUAGCCUUUGUGCUAAUAAGUUAGCCUUUGUGCUACUGAGUUAGCCUGUGUGCUACUGAGUUAGCCUUUGUGAUACCAUGUUAGCCUUUGUGGUGCUACAAUGUUACCCUUUGUGCUACUGAGUUAGCCUUUGUGUUUUCCUAACAAUUCCUUGAAAGUUCCCGGUACAGAACUGUUAGCCUUUGUGUUACUGAGUUAGCUUAUGUGGUACUGAGUUAGCCUUUGUGCUAAUAAGUUAGCCUUUGUGCUACUGAGUUACCCUUUGUGCUACUGAGUUAGCCUGUGUGCUACUGAGUUAGCCUUUGUGUUUUCCUAACAAUUCCUUGAAAGUUCCCGGUACAGAACUGCAUCUCAUUUUUGUUGUUGUUGUUGAGCUCCGAACAAAGAACAAAGAAUUUAAAGGCAGAGGGAACAAAAUGACUCAAACCCUGAAAACGUUUCAAGCUCUUUAUGUGCUGAAGAAGUUGAAAUGCACUGAUGAAGAUACUCUGUGUCUCUGUUAUAAUAUUAUUUAUUUAUAUGAAUACGUCACUGUUAAAAGAAAAGAUUCUUCUGUUUUCUUAAACAUUUGUUCUGAGUAGAGUAAAGGUAUAUUUUUUUGUACUCUAUUCUUAUAUAACUCUUUAAUAAUGCAUUUGUGGCAGGGGUGUGUGGUUAGGCUCAGCUGUAGAGUGGGUGGAGCGGGGAUGUGGUUCAGGGAACAGUGCCAAUGAUGUCUAAUCAGUCUCAGCUGGGGCUGAUCUGUCUGUCUCUUCCCAAUAAAGAGCAGGAGGGACUGAGAGGAGUCACUCAGCUGUAUGGUGCUUGUUGCCAAUAAAAGGGGUUUUGAACUACACCAAGCUGUGUUGCUGCAGCUGUUGAAUCCGAGACUCACCGGGUAACGGGGUAACGGUUACAGCAUUCCAUUUACACUACAGAUACGUUUUGUGUGAGCAUUGGUUUACUGGUUUUACUGGUUUGGUUUACUGGUUUUACUGGUUUGGUUUACUGGUUUUACUGGUUUGGUUUACUGGUUUCAUUCCCGGUACAAAGUUAUAUUUUCUGCUUCAAUGUAACAGUUCAUGCUUUUGUAUUUUAUUAAUGUUGUUUAUUGUCUUCUUCUGUGGUGGUUAUUUAUUUACACAAGCUUAUGAAUGGGGUUAAAGGA